CCAAAUAAUGUGAACUAGGCAGGUUCUCAUAAAGUGUGUCUCGUUUUCCACACGUCUGUUAGAGGGGCGCUAGUCACUAGUCAAACCCACCCACCAGCAUAGUCACAUUGUUCUCACACACCGUCGCUGGUCUCAGAGAGAAAAGAACCUCUAGUAGCAUCAGUCAACAUCAGUCAGCCAGUCAACAUGCUUCUGUGGUCAGGGUUGAUUUUCCUCCUCUCCCUGCCCCUGAUCCAGUCGUGUGAGAAUGGAAGCCCUCGAGACUGUGCUGAAGCUGACUUCGCUCCAGGAUCCAAUCUUGCUGGCGAAGGCUACGACAUCACCAAGAUGCAGCGAAAAGGAGCCUUCGUCAUCAACACGCAAAGAUGGAAGCUAAAGGACAAGACCUGCACACUCUGCAGAAACCCCUACAUGGAGGGGAAGAAGCAGAAGUUGCCAAUAUCAGUGGUGGACUGGAGACCCAGCCAAAAGUGCAGCAUGAAGCUCUCCAGCUCAGUUUACCAGUCCAGCGAAUCCCUGCUGAGUUCCAGCACCUCUUCUAUUGAGAACAACUGGGCUGCAAACUUAGGAAUCGAGGUCAAAAAAACGAAGACGUCACUGAUGCUGGCCGGCACCGACUCCAAGUUGGCCGAGUACUCGAUGGAGAAGACCAAAAAGGAUAGAUACAAUUUUGCCAGUCAAAGUAUUUCCUGUGGAUACUACAGUUACAGGGUUUCCAACAAGCCCUUGCUCAACCCUGAGUUUAAAAGGGCUUUGAGUCAGCUACCCAAGCAGUACAGCCCUCAGUUCAAGUCACGCUUCUACAAGCUCAUCGACAUCUUCGGCACACACUAUUUUACUAAGGUGACCCUUGGAGGUAAAGUCCACUCGGUGACCAGCAUCAGACAGUGUCAGGCUGCUCUUCAGGGUCUCAGUGCGGAUGAAGUGAAGACAUGUCUAGAAGUGGAGGCGUCUGCCAGCGUGAUGGAAAAGGCUGAUAUGAAAGCAGAGAUCAAACACUGUGAUGAAGCCAAGUCCAGGACUGAGAGCAAAGGGAGCUUCUCCAGCAACUUCAAUGACAGGUUCACAGAGGUCUUAGGUGGUCACACCACAGAGCCUGAGCUCCUCUUCUCUGCUAAUAAAGACCCAGGGGCCUAUAAGGACUGGCUUUCUUCCCUUCCCCUCAACCCAGACAUCAUCUCCUAUUCCCUAGAGCCUCUGCAUGAGCUGCUGCCCACCAAGAACCCAGCCCGAAAGCACCUUCGCCAAGCCAUCCAUGACUUCAUCCUGGAGAAGUCCCUGUGGAGAAACUGCUCAGAGCCCUGCAUGAUGGGCAUCAAGCAGAACCCCAAGGAGCCUUGCAGUUGCAGCUGCCGAAACAACCCCGGGAUGACUCCUGACUGCUGCCCGUCCAAACGCGGACUCGCUAGAGUGAUAGUGACUGUUGAAAGAGCGUCUGGCCUGUGGGGAGACACCACCACAGCAACAGACGCAUUUGUGAAAGUCUUCGAUAAAAACAUGAUGUCGAUCGGACGCACUCCCGUGAUCUACAACAACGAUUCGCCACACUGGGGCAUGGCGUUCGACCUGGGCGAUGUCGUCCUGACGAGUCCUGACUCUGUCAGGUUUGAGGUGUGGGACGAAGACAACAAAUGGGACGAUGAUCUUCUGGGAGCAUGCUCAGUAGACAUAAAAGCAGGCCAGACGCAGAAUUUCUGUUCACUGAACCAUGGUCUGCUGUACUACAAAACAGAGGUAGUGUGCGCUCCAAGUCUUGCUGGCCCAUCCUGCACUGAUUAUGUGGGCUCUCCUAUGAAUAAUGAUCUGGAAAAGGUGUACGUGUCUCGUCAUGCCCGUCCUGUCCCAAAGAACAUGCUGCUGGAAAUGGGGGUGACUUUGGAUAAGCUUUACUUCACUGCCAAUCAGAAAACAGACAAUUCUGCCAAGACCAUUUUUUAGCUUAAUUAAGUGGAUGAAGCCAGUGUGUCUAUCCUAGGCCAAUCAUAUCAUUAAUGUUUUGCUUUCACAACUUUUUUUUUAAAUUGCAUGAUAAUUAUUUUGUCAAUAAUUAGAUUAUUUUAAAGGUCUCAUUGCAUCUUUUUUUCAUUGAUUUUAAAAUGUCUAGUUGUGGUCUCUAGUAUAAAUGAAUGCCAUGUGAGCCGUUUUUAGUAAAAAACUGUGUUUCUGUAUAGUCCUGAUUUUUUUUCAAUUAAUUAGUGGUCUCUGAGGAAGGACGGGAUUUUGGCUCUUGCUCAUGAAUAUUCAUACAUGCAAACAUAUCGCCUCUGAUUGGCUAACAGCACUGCAGCAGAAAAAAGCCUACCUGCCCUCCGCCCACAGUCAAUUAUACAGCUCUCAAAAAAUCAAAGGGCAAAAACUUUUCAGAGAUACAGCUUAAGAUAUAGCACUGAGCGCUAGGUAAGGUUAACCCUUAAAUUCCGCUUAACAUCAGCCUGUUAGCGUUGCUGAGAAAUGUUAUCAAUGCUCUCCCUGCGGCCGAGCGACUCUUCCACCCCACACCCAAAACGCCUUGUCAAACUGUGCUUCCCUAGUGUAUCUUUAAGGUCUUGGUAAAAAUCUGA